UAAUGGUAAUUUGAAUGUCUAUAUAAAUAGCAAAGUGAAUAUCCUGAGAGAGCCCAGCCCUUAGCUAAUGAAGAAGUAGAACCUUAAAUUCUAGAACUUGCAUAAUAAGCAGCUGCCUUAAAAUAAGUAAUCCUGUUUACAAUUAAUAGUUAAAAAAAGGUGCCAAUGAAACAACCAAAACUUUAAAUAGAGGUAUUGCAGAAUUAGUCAUAAUUGCUGCUGAUACAACACCAUUAGAAAUUGUUCUUCAUUUGCCAUUAUUAUGCGAAGACAAGGUAUUCUAAAUAUUGACCAAUAAUAGAAUGUCCCUUAUGUUUUUGUAAAGAGCAAAGUAGACUUAGGCAGAAUGUGUGGUACAAGUAGAAAUGUUGUGGCAUGCUCAAUUAUCAAGGAUAAAAAUUCAAGAAUCAAUUAAAAUAUUACAUACCUUAAGGAUUUGUGUGAAAGACUCCAAAUAAAUUAAGAAGCAUGAUC